CCGGCUCAUCAAUGCUUCAUCUACAAUUGUUCAGUACCACGCGUAACGCAAGUGUGUCAACGUGUCUGUCUGGUUAUCUGCCACUUCUUCGUUUUACAAUCUUCGUUUGUCGUACGAGUAGAUCGAGUAAUUCGUUCUAAUAGUGAAUGGAUAAACUAGUGGCUAUAGAAGACAACAAAAAAGACGAUCCUUGUUUUGAACUUUUGCGACAGUAAAGAUUGCCAGGUGUACAUGAUUAAUCGGAUUGAAUUGAUUGGCUAUUUGGUGAAUUUCACUGAAACAAGCUCGUUUUGCAGUAGAUGAAAAGAAAUGUAUUAAUAAAAAUCAGAGAGAUGAUGCUGAAUGUGAAUUAUAGCAGGCGUUCGGGCACAUUGCCAGUCAAAGGGUUGCUAUGGAUCAGUCUAUUAAUGAUGGUGAUCACAUGGAGUCAGGCGAAAGACAACAAUUGCUGUUCGGAUGGUUUCAUGUGGUUACAUACGCUGAAUUGUUCUGAUGGCAACGCGAUUAAUCUUGCGUGCUCAUUUGGUUGGUACAUAGUCAAUCCUGAAAUGCGCACGUUCGAUAACUUCACUAUAAUCGAGGAAUAUGGGAAACCGUGGCUACAGUUUGUAGACACUGCAUCCACAAAAAUAGAAGCAGAGAGAUUCUGCGUGGCAAGAAAUCCGAACACUGGUGUCAAAAUUGCUUUGGUAUGCACGGAUAUCGAAUACGACGGUAUUCAAUGGAGAAACACAUUGUUCUGCACCCUGAGUAUCAUAUCGGCCAUAUUUUUGAUCAUCACCUUGGCAGUUUAUGUUUUGCUACCAGAAUUAAGAGAGAUUCAAGAUAAAGCAAUGAUGGCUGUAGUCACGUCAUUAACAGUUAGCUAUAUCAUCCUUUCCAUUCAGAUGUUGAGGAAGUCGCACGAUGAUGAUUAUGAUAUAUGUGUCUCUCUAGGAUUCAUUCUAUAUUUCGGUUUUAUGGCUGUUUUUUUCUGGUUAAACAUCGUCUCAUUCAACAUAUGGAGAAUAGUUUGGUUUAAAGAUUUCAUGAUCGGAGAUAAAAUGCUUUUUACUAUUUAUUCUAUUAUCGGCUGGAGUGGACCAUUAUGCUUAUUAAUUGCAAUUUUGAUUACUCAUCACGUAGAAGGAAACCAUCUGAAACCCGGUUUUGGAGAAAGUAGCUGUUGGUUCAACGGGCAUGAACAAACGUGGGCGUAUUUUUAUGGGCCAAUCAGUAUUUUAUUGACGUUAAACGUUAUCUAUCUCGGCCUAACUGGCUGGCGAUUGUGGCAUCAGUAUCGUGACUAUAGCGGAAGCAAAUUACGAGUACUUCGUUUUAAAUGCCUGCUUUACAUCAAACUGAUACUUUUCAUGGGCGUAACAUGGAUUUUUGAAGUGCUUUCGUAUGCUGAUCAUAGUAAACAAGAUUUCUGGAUACCGAUGGAUAUACUGAAUGCGUUACAAGGCUUUAUAAUAUUCCUCUUGUUGGUUGGGACGCGAAAACGAGUGAGAAAGUUGUUGGCAAAGAAGAGACCUUGUGGGAUUGGCUUUCCAAAAUCUUGGGCAGCUUACGAGGAUGAAGAGUGCGAGGAAGUACUACCUGAAGAAGUCGAAUUAUCGCAACAUGAUUAGUGUUUAUAAAAAUAACUUUGUUUCUUUUUCGUCGCUAAUAACGUAACGUAAUAAGACGUGUAGUUUCUUUUUAUACCAAUAUAUUCGACUAGUCGAAGAUAAUCAUGAGUAAUGACAAUGAGACAAAGAAUUACUUCUAUUUAAGUAACAUAGUCGUAUAAAGAUCGUAUAGAAUUUAAUACUCUUUUAAUGAAUCGUCGUAAAAUACGUUUUUUAAGAAUCUCUACAAACAUUGCCUAGCAACAAAUAUCACGUUAAUUAUCGUAUCAUUUACUAUCAUACGAUUUUUGUUGAUCUGUAGAUUAGCUAAAGAACAAGAAGGUUCACAACUCAUCAUGGCAAUUUCGUGUAAUCUAGUAAUUUUAUUAUUUUCUUCGUAGGCGUCCGUAUCAAACUUUCUCAUUCUAAUCGACUGACGCGACACUUCCGAGACGACGAUUCACCUUACAUCAUCAUGUACUUCUGACGUCUUUGAGUCAUUAAAAACGUGUUAGUCGACAGAUAUCGCAAACGUUAAAACCACGAACGCUGAAGCACACGAAAUAUGAGUGUAAAUAUUCGAAGUUGCCAGAAUACUUUUUAUUACCAUAACGAAUAAAAUGAAAGUGUUGUAUCUCAAAAUAAAUAUAAGAGACAAAAAAAUGAAUUAUGUGAACAACGUUAAUUAAGUAUGAUAAUAAAAUUAAGCGUCAUUUUUAA